AUGGAUUUUCGAUUUUCAUGUUUAGGAGCAGCAAGAAAUCGGUUUCAGAAGAAGGAAGAAAGAAGAAUAGCAAAAAAAAAAAAGGAUUUUCAGUUAUCGUAUCUCGUAAAAAACUGGGAUGAUACAGAUACUGUUAAAUAUUGGAAACAACGAGCUUUGAAUUUGGAGAAAUUGUUGGAAUUAAGCGUGAAUAGGGAACAGAUUUUAUUGGAGAAAUUGGAGGAAAGUAUUGAAAAGCUCGAGAAACAAUCAUCCCCAGUUGAAGAACUUUCGCAAAUCUUGAAAAGAGCAGAUAAUUUUUUACAUUUUGUUCUUCAAAAUGCGCCUGUUGUUAUUGGUCAUCAAGAUAAAGAUUUGAGAUAUCGCUUUAUUUAUAAUCAUUUUCCAAGUUUGGGAGAGGAGGAUAUUAUUGGAAAAACAGACGUUGAGAUAUUCAAAGGUGGUGGAGUUAAGGAAUCCCAAGAUUUCAAAAGGGAAGUUCUUGAAAAAGGAAUACCAGGAAAAAGAGAAAUUACAUUUGAGACCGAAUUAUUUGGAGCCAAUUUUGGAAGGAAAUGUAGCCUCGUUAUUGGUGAUGUUCUACGAAUUCGACAAAUUCUCACCAACUUGAUCAGGAGCAGCAAGAAAUCGGUUUCAGAAGAAGGAAGAAAGAAGAAUAGCAAAAAAAAACGAUUUUCAGAAACAAAUAACAUACUUGAUUUCGUUUGGGAGCAGCAAGGAAAACGAUUUUCAAAAGAAGGAAGAAAGAAGAAUAGCAAAUAA